CCACAGGGGGCGCGGCUUCCCGAAGGCCCGGGAGGGGCCCGUGCCGGGCUCCCUCACUGCGAGAGCGCGUUGAGGGCUCGGGCGGGGGAGGCAGGACGGGCCCGCGCUUCAGAACGGGGUGGAGGCGGUUUCCCAGGAAAAUACCUGCUGGUCCGUUUAUGUGCGAGGCUAACAAGCCCGGAGGGCGCCGUGCGCUGUGGCACUCGGACUGAGAAAGCGCCUUGCGAAUCACGAGGCUUUGUGCCCAUAGGUGCCAUCAAGGCGCGCUUUGGAGUCGGGAAAGGAGUAGCCACAGCUGCAGCCCGACCCUCCCCGUACUCAAAUAAGAAUGCCUUAAGACAAGAACUAUGGAUAAAUACAUCAAAGUACGGAAGAUUGGAGAAGGAUCCUUUGGGAAAGCAAUACUUGUCAAAGCUAAAGAAGAUGGCCAACAGUAUGUUAUUAAAGAAAUUAACAUCUCUAAGAUGUCAAAUAAGGAGAGAGAAGAAUCAAGGAGAGAAGUUGCUGUUUUGGCUAAUAUGAAACACCCAAAUAUUGUCCUGUAUAGGGAGUCAUUUGAAGAAAAUGGCUGUCUGUACAUAGUGAUGGAUUACUGUGAAGGAGGAGACCUAUUUAAAAAGAUAAAUGCCCAAAAAGGAAUCCUAUUCUCUGAAGAUCAGAUUCUGGAUUGGUUUGUACAAAUCUGUUUAGCACUAAAACACAUACACGAUAGAAAAAUCUUGCAUCGGGACAUAAAGUCGCAGAAUAUAUUUUUAACCAAAGAUGGAACAAUACAGCUGGGAGAUUUUGGAAUCGCCAGAGUUCUGAACAGUACUGCAGAGUUGGCACGCACUUGCAUAGGAACACCGUACUAUUUGUCACCUGAAAUAUGUCAGAACAAGCCUUACAACAAUAAAAGUGAUAUCUGGGCUCUUGGUUGUGUUCUCUAUGAAAUGUGUACACUUAAACAUGCGUUUGAAGCCGGUAACAUGAAGAACUUGGUCCUUAAGAUAAUCUCUGGACCUUUUCCUCCUGUUUCUAUGCAUUACUCCUACGACCUACGUAAUCUGCUGUCACAGCUGUUUAAAAGGAAUCCUAGGAAUAGACCAUCAGUAAACUCCAUAUUGGAGAAAAACUUUAUAGCCAAACGGGUUGAAAAAUUUCUCACACCAGAGCUUAUUGCAGAAGGAUUCAAUCACAAAAUUUUCCACAAGUUUGGACCACAUGCUUCACCAGCUAAAAGACCAGUUCAAGAACAAACACUGACUUCAGUUGCACCAGCUCAGAAAAUUACCAAACCUGCUGCAAAAUAUGGAGUGCCUUUAACUAUCAGGAAGUCUUGUGGUGUACCUAAAAAGCCUAAUGAGAAGAAACCGUUGACCAAAAUUAGACAGGAACCUUCAAAAAAGAAAAGGUUAGAAUUGCCUGAAAAACGCCAGAGAGAGCAGACCAGUUUACCGAAGGCAGAUGAAAUGAGAAGAUUGGAAAAAGAAAGGAUGGAACGAAUAAACAGAGCCAGGGAACAAGGAUGGAGGAAUGUGCUUGGUUCAGGUGGAAGUGGUGUUAAGGCACCAUAUUAUGUCGGUGGAGGUGGUGUUGGUCCUUUUCCUGUGUCUUCCAGAGGACACUAUGAACACUACCAUGCUAUUUUUGACCAGAUGCAACAGCAAAAGGAAAACGUCUUCAGAGUAGCUGAAGAGAGGGAAGCCAAAUUGAGGACAAAACUACAAGAACGAGGAGUUGUUGAAAGAGGAAUUCCACCUGGAACACGUCCAGGAGUUCCUAAGGGACCUGCAGGUCAUCACCAUUUACCCGAUGUUGGUGCAGUUAGGAAAAAAGUGAAAAGAUUGAAGGAGGUGUCUAAACAAGCCAAUGCAAACAGGCAAAAAGGAUGGAUAGCUGCAGACAGAGCAAAGCAAGUUGAAGAAUUCUGGCAACGAAAGAGAGAAGCCAUGGAAAACAAAGCUCGAGCUCAGGGACACAUGGGUACACUGCAAAACGUGGCAGAUACCUAUGGAGGCAGGUCCAUUUCUACAAGAGGAAGGAAAUCGAGAGACAAGGAGGAAGAGGAAUAUUUGGCAAGACUGAGACAGAUCCGGCUACAAAACUUUAAUGAACGUCAACAGAUUAGAGCAAAACUUCGUGGAAAUAAGACUUUUACUUUGCAGAGUGAAGCUGUCAGUUCUGAUGGACAGGACUCUAGUGAAGAAGCAGAACUGAAACGCAAGAAGAUAGAAGCACAGAAGGCUCAAGCACAUGCUCGUGCUGCAGUUCUGAAGGAACAGUUGGAGAGAAAGAGAAAGGAAGCCUAUGAAAGAGAGAAAAAAGCCUGGGAAGAACAUCUGAUUGCAAAAGGGAUAAAGAAUCCUAAUGUGCCUUUUCAUGUGGAAGCUACAGAACAUUGUUCUGUGAAUGGACUACAAGAGCCUGGAGCAGCUCUUCCCAAGCCACAACUUCCAAUGAAGCCUGGUGUACCUGUCAUCUCUAUGACUUCUGCUUUGAAGGAAGUGGGUGUGGAUGAACAUGUAGUAAGUGCUGUCCAGGAAUCUGAGGAAGAAAUAAAAAAGCCAGAUUUUGCAAUACAAAAUAAGCGAGAAAUUCUGAGAAGGUUAAAUCAAAAUCUUAAAGCUCAAGAAGAGGAGAAAGGAAAAAAGGAGGGUAAAAAUACCUCUGAAUCAGCUGGAUCUGAACGUGGUAAGGAACAACAAGGUGACCAGCCACUUCUGGGAGAUCGCAAAAAAUGGGAAUCUGGGGCAUCCGAGUUGGUCGUUCCUCUAGCUCAGCUAUCAAUGGAAGAUUCUCUCUCUGGAACAGAGUCUCAAACUCUGGGGGAAGUAAUUAAGUUAGAUAUUGGUGAACCUCACAGGAAAGUUUGGGGCAAAAGCCCUACUGAUUCAGUUCUGAGGAUCCUAGGAGAAGCAGAGCUGCAGUUGCAAACUGACAUACUUGAGGAGCAAGAUGAGAUAAAUGGUACUGCAGAACUUCUUGAAGGAGAUUGUCAGUGUUCAUCAGAGGAGAAGGAAGAGAAGGCUUUUUCUGCUGUUGCAGCUCAGUCUGCGGUACCAGUUGGUGCUACAAAGUCUGUCAUGACUGUACUGGAAAAAUCUCAAAGAAUGGGACCCACCCUGGUGCAGAGUGAACCUAUUAUGCUGGAUGAGCCUGAUGAUUUGGAAGAAGAGGUACUGGAAGAAAUGGAAGAUAAAAUACCCCAGAAUAUGGAGAAUAAGGACUUUCCUAGCACUGUUAAUGAAGUUUGGGUAAAAGAGGAUACGGCACAACAUGAUGGAAUGGAUGAGGCAGCUUUGGAGAAAGCAACAUUCAACAAGGGACAACCACAAAAGGAAACUCCAGCCGAAACUUGUUCCAGUGACUCUCAGCCAGCUGAACCUUUAUUCCAGAGGGUAAUACAGCCCACAGCUGUACCAACAGCCUCACCAGUUCUGUCAUCUCAGUCUUCACAGGAAGAGUCUUUUGUACCUCGUUCACGUUCCAUAUCACCAGCAAGAAAUAAAGGCAAAAGUUCAUUGUUGAUUGGACUUUCUACAGGACUUUUUGAUGCAAAUGACCCAAAGAUGCUGAGAACGUGUUCACUCCCAGAUCUUUACAAACUGUACAGAACUUUAGUUGAUGUUCCCAGUGUAGCGGAUGUGCAGCAUCAACAUAAUCUUGGAAUUGAUGAUACAGAAGAUGAGCAAACCAAAGAAGGACCCUCUGACUCUGAGGAUAUUAUGUUUGGAGAGACAGAUACAGAUUUGCAGGAGCUCCGGGAUUCAAUGGAACAGUUGCUUAGGGAGCAGCCUAGUGAGGAAGUGAGCGAAGAAGAGGAGUCUACUUUAAAGGCUAAUGCAAUGGAAUGCAUAACAAAUGGUGCUGAGCUGGAUGAAGGAGAUGAAAAUAACCCCAGCAGUGAAAGUGCUCUUAAUGAAGAAUGGCAGUCAGAUAAUAGUGAUGGAGAGAUUGCCAGUGAAUGUGAAGAAUGUGAUAGUAUCUUCAGCCAUUUAGAAGAGUUGAGAUAUAACCUGGAGCAGGAAAUAGGCUUUGAUAAAUUAAUUGAAGUUUAUGAGAAAAUAAAGUCUAUACUUGAAGAUGAAGAUGAAAAUAUUGAUAUUUGUUCAACCAUAGUUCAGACUGUUCUUGGAAAUGAACACAAACACCUGUAUGCCAAAAUACUUCACCUGGUAAUGGCAGACGGAGCCUACCAAGAAGGUAAUGAUGAAUAAACCUGACUCAGGAAAUUUCUUAGUGCUUACUACAUAUCAGUGUCUAAAAUCUGCACAGCUGAACAACAAAUUGUACUGAAGAAUGUAACAUGAGGCAGGAGAAGCAAGACUUCAAAAAACAAUGUUGAUUGUAUGAAAAAGAGAAAAAACAUGCCUUUUAAACUGAGAUACCUUUAGAGUUCUCUUGUGUGGAUUUGCAUAUGUGUUCCUUAAAUAUUAGGCGCCCAAAAUUUUAAAAAACCCACACCAACCAAGAACAACAAAAAAAAAAAUCAACAAAACCCAAAAAUCUCAACAAACCAAACAAAAAACCCUCAAAUGAAACAGAGGGUUUCAAAAGAAACAGAGAAAGGAAUACCUGUAUAUAUUCUAAUACAAAACUGAGACCUAGAAUUAAAACAGAAUUUCUGCCAUAUGAACCGAUGUGAUUGAACAGUUGGAAGCAUUACUGUAUUGUGGAAAUAUUCACAUCUAGCUAUUCACUUACAUAUUUCAAGUAGUUUUUCUUUACACCUACACAAAGAAAUUAUUUUGUUUUAUUGACCUUCAUGGUUGUAUUUUAAUAGUAUCUUAAUCCAGUGAUCCAGUUCAUGCAUUUCACUUCUAUUGUAUUUUAAAGAUGAAGGCUUCUGUCACAUCUGAAAUACCUUGAUAGUUUUCCUGAAUCAGGGCAAACUGGUACAUAAAUCAUCAUUGAAAUGUUUGGAGAGGGUUGAGGCUGUAAAAUCCAUUUGGAGCUAGAAUACUCUUUUUUCCAAAAUGGUUCUUGUUUUUUUUCUUCUUCUUCUUCCCCUUUCCUAUCCCCGUCUCAAAAAUCUCAGUUGUUUACCUUUCUUUAAUUUUGUAAUCUGGUCAAUGAUGAUGUGUUACGUUGUUGAACCGAAAGGGGGAGGCGGUUUCCAGUUUGGCUUUGAAGUCUGAGUGUUCUAGUCAUUGUUCCAGUAGCCACCGGGGAAUAUGAAACAUUGCAGAAAAUUAAACAAGUGCUGUGUUAUACUUCACAUCUUCUGGUUCCUGUAUUGUAUAGCUUAGUUUCCACCACCCUACAAGUAAAACCAGGUUUCUUGACACACAUUUUUUUGUUCCUUGUGUCAAAGCAGUACUAUACAGAGCAGACAUUAGGGAUUCUGUUGUUUUCCAGUCAUUGUCUCUGCAUCAGCUUUACUGGUUUACCCAUUGCAGUAAGCCUCUUGUUACGGAUUUGGUGAACUGUCAGGCUUCCAAGUGCCCUAUUGGAGAAAAAUAGGUUUUGUUACUUCUUUUUUUCAGCUACAACCAGUCACAAUCUAAAACUGUCAAAAGUUGCUUUUCCACAAAGUAAAAAACAAGUAUGUAUGUAUAUAUUUAUUAUUUAAAAUGUCAAAAUAUAUACAUGAUUUUUGUAUAAUUGUUUUAUGGUGUCAUUAUUAAAAUUUUGCCCACUGAAAAGCAUUAAUUUUUUUAGACAGAUACCAAACUUACUUUAGUUCAGCAGUGUCAUGGGAAUCUGCAUUGAGAAUAAAAUUAAUAAUAAUAAUAAUUCAUUGCCUUUAAUAGAUUAUUCUUUGUAUCCUUAUUUCUUUGAUAAAGACCUCUUACUUCAUCUGAUGUGAAACUAUGAUCAGUUGUUGGAAACGGUGUUGCCUCUGGGCUAUAUUGCUUCUCUUCUUGUUCCCUUUCCUUCUUUAGUUCCUUUUUCUUAACUUCCCACAGUAAACUUUUUACCAGGCUUCUCUUCCAUUCCACUUUUCCCUGAAUAAUCUAUUCAGAGAGAUGAUCUUCAUGAGCUAUGUUGCUCAUGACAUUUAGCAAAUACACCCUAAAACUCUAUUAAAGAAUUAUUCUGAAUUAUUUUCCUUUUUCAGGUUUGAGUUUUCAAAUCAUACCUUGCCCACCUUUUGGAGGAAGGGAGGACUCAAAACCUUUAGAUUUAAAAUAAUAUAGAAUAACUGUAUGGAAACAACAAAAUAUAUAUAUAACUGGUAUAUUCUGUCCUCUGUGGUUUUGAAUCCCCUUAAGGUGAUAGUCUUACUGAAGUUAAGGAUUGGGCCGUGUUCACUUCUUUUAAAUUGAAGUCGUAUCAUUAGUGACAGUCUUCACUUUUUAUGCAGUGUACUAGCUUGCUUCUGGUGAGGAAAAAUGGGCAUAAUCUUCAGACUGCAAGAUUUACAAACAGCUUUUUAAUAAUUAAUCAUUUGAAAAAUACAUGUAGAUUGUGGACAGCUUUUCAAGAAUAAUCUUCAAACAUGCCACCUGAGACUGAAUAUUCUUGAAAUCCCUCAAAAACUAACUUAAAACCAACACAGUAAAUAAGUUUAUCUGCAAAACAGUACUUUCAUCUGAAAUGUUAAAUCCAUAUUUAACAUAUUCUAUAAUGACAUCAAGGACAGUGUGGCUGCAAGAUAUUUCAUUGGUCUGUAUGCAAUUUAUUGAAAUUAGUUGAGCAUUUGGCUUAUGUGCAUAUUACAUUCACCUUGAAGAAUUUUCUGUUGUAGUUGUAGUAGCAAAUUGAGAUAUGGAAUGGUAUUUUUCAUGCAAAACAUAUUCUGUGAACUGUAUAAUACUGAUGUCUCUGUCCUCAGACUUGCUUCUUGAUCUUCUUGAUCUUUGAAACUCUAAGUUCAGUUGAGGAAUGUUUUAAAAAACCCAAAACAACCAAGCAAGCAAAAAAACAUCAGCAGAAAGGAGUAACAACCUCAUCAGUGAGCAGGUUGGAGCUGAACAGGUACAGUACUCUACCCAGAGCACUGAUGCCUAAAACCUUUGAGGAACAGCGCCUGAAGAAGCUUUAGCUCUUGAAUUUGCUGAACUCUGAUGAGUGCAUAUUUGAAGUUACUACUAGAAGAAACUACAGAAAAAAUGUGUUCUCUGGUUGGGUGACAUAAACCAAAGCAGAGCACAGGUUUUUCUAUAGUCUGGUAAGUGAAUGGCUUAAAAUCAAGUUUCAGUCUACCACGUUCCUAACAAGGCUCUUUGUGCUCUUGAGAAAUCCACGUUAUUUAUUAGUAUUUCUUCAGCUUUUACUGCUUCUCUGUCCCUCUUGCUGUCACUUGAGCGUAAAUGCUGUGUUUACUCAAGCACGCAUUCUCCACUGGGCUCGUUGAUGCGAAGCUUUAAAGCUUUGCCCGAGCUGGUUGGCAAGCGGGGCUGCGGGUGUCGUGCCGCCAGGUGGCAGCGCGGCGCCUGCAGCGUCCCCGCGGCUGCAAAGGCGGGCUGGGGUCCUGCUGGGGAGCGCGGCCAGGCCGAGCGGCAGCAGGUAUUCCUAACGCCCUGCAAUUUGUUCACUUCCUUGGACAAGGCCGUUUUCUGAAAAUGCCCUUAAAUACAAUUCUUUGUUUGCAAAUCUUUACAUUCUUUUGCCUAGAGGAUAGGAAGAUCAUAGACUCAUGAUUACAAGGCCCAACUCCUGGUCCUCAACAACCACGCCGUGUGCCUGAGAGCAUUGUCCAAACACUCCUUGAACUCUAGCAGUCACUCUGUAACCACUUCCCUGGGGAGCCUGGUCCAGUGCCCAACCACCCUCUGGGGGGAAAGAACCUUUUUUCUGAUGUCCAGCCUAAACCUCCCCUGACACAGCAUCAGGCCAUUGCCUCGGGUCGCUGGUCACUACAGGGAGAUCAGUGGCUACCCCUCCUCUUCCCCUCAUGAGGAAGUUGUAACUGCGACGAGGUGUCCCCUCUGUCUCCUUCAGGCUGAACAGACCAAGCGACCUCAGCUACUCCUCAUAAGACUUCCCUUCAUGGGCCUUCAUCAUCUUUAUAGCCCUGCUUUGGAUGCUGUCUAGUAGCUUUAUGGCAUGGUAUCACCCGUUUCCCCAAAGAACCAGAUGCAAAUUUAAAUAAAAUGCAACACUUUUAGCACAGUUGAAAUAUAUGGUUGGGCUCUGUAUAAUUUUCCUCUUUGCCAGAGGCUGGGGUAGAAACAGAUCCCGGAUUAAAUUACUGAUUUGACUUCUGUCUCCACUAAAAGCACCACAUCAAAGCUCAAAUAAAGCUACACUCUACAUAAUUUUAUUAGCUGUGAUAAACCAAAGACAAAAAUAGAAAUUUAACUUUUCAAUCCUUUUAAAUGUUUUUCUUUUCAGAUAACUCUGUGCUUUCUUAAGUCUUAUUUUACCAUUUGUUCAUUCAUGAAAUAUGUAGACUCAAAUUCAGCGUGAAAUGGAAAUAAAUGGUUACUGUUCCUAAACUA